AUGCCACGUUCUUCUCGUACAUGCGUAUUAGUUUUUGAUCCAGAAAUCGAGAAGACUGCACGAAAGUUGAAGAAGCAAGCUAAGGAGUGGAAAAAGAUAUCCAAUUCUGCUCCACCGAGUCUUGAGGAUCAAGAAGAAAUUGAAGAUCCAAUGGGUGAUCGUAACAAUAGGGAUGAAGAGAACGAUAGAGAGAUCGUUGAUCCUCGACAGGAACCACCUCAACUGAUCAGAGAGUUAGGCCGUCAUAGAAACAAUCGCCCUUUGUGCAUUGUCCUUCAUGCCAUUAAUGGCAACGCUGAAAUACGGCCUGGUUUCAUUCAAGUGCUACCCAAAUUCGGUGAUUUACCUGGAGAGAGUGCACACAAGCAUCUGGCUGAAUUUGAUCUAGUUUGCUCAACUCUACGCCCUCAUGGUUUUACUGAAAAUAAUUUGAGGCUAUUGACUUUUUCUCAUACUUUGCAGGGUAGAGCGAGAGAUUGGCUUUUUGAUCUUCCUCCUGGUUCGAUUAGAACUUGGGGAGAUUUAGAAGAACAAUUCUUGCGAAAAUUCUUUCCUGAGUCCAGAGCUGCAAAUUUGAGAAUGGCCAUUAGCAGUAUUAAACAGAAGAAGGCGGAGAGUCUAGCCGAUUAUUGGGAGAGAUUCCAACAGCUGUGUCGCAAGUGUCCUGAUCAUGGAUUUUCUGACUACCAAUUGCUUACUAACUAUUUUUAUCGUGGUAUGUCUUCUUUUGAUAGGAAAAUUGUUGACGCUGCUUGUGGUGGAAGCUUGACAAAUAAAACUUUGGACGAAGCAAAGCAACUCAUCGUUGACAUGGUUUCAAAUGGUCAACAAUAUGAGGAUGAGGAUGAUGAUCGUUAUAGGCCAGUGCAGAAAGUAGAAGAUUCCAACAUGAACGAGAGAAUUGAUGCUCUCACCUCUUUAGUUAGAGGACUUGCUGAUAAUAAUACUGAGCAAGCGUGCAUGGGAUCCGCUGAUGAGCAAGAGAUGAACGCACAAAGGCAAAGGCGAAACGACCCUUUUUCCAACACCUACAAUCCAGGGUGGAGAAAUCACCCAAAUUUUAGGUGGAGACAGCAGGAACCAGGGAUGUACGCGCCGAAUCCGCCGCAGGCUGGACAGUAUGCCCAUACCGCACGUCCUGCACCGAGUUCUGCACCUAAUAUGAACGAUAUCAUGAAGAGCCUCGCCCAGAGCAGUGAAAUUGUGAAGAAUUUGGUGCAAAGUCAGCAGGCAUUCCAGCAUGAAACUCAGGCAGCGUUGAGUAAUAUGGGCACACAAAUCACGCAGUUAGCCACUCAGGUGAACAAGCUGCAGGCGAAUCAAGGCCGACUUCCUUCUGUCACGGAGAUGAAUCCCAAGGAAAAUGCAAGUGCUGUAACUACAAGAAGUGGAAGAAUUCUAGCUGAGCCACAGCCUAAGCAGCAAGACAAAGAAAAGCCCGAUGAAGCCAAGGACGAUGCAAUUAGUGAGAAGUCACCAGAAUCCACCGAGCCUAUCUCUUCUAAGGUAAGUGGAAAACCUAAGGUUUCAAUUCCUCAAUCACUGAUUGCACCACCUUUUCCUUCUAGGUUGGCUCAGAACAAGAGAAUUGAAGAAGAGAAGGAUAUUCUGGAAAUCUUCAAGAAGGUAGAAAUAAACUUGCCCUUGCUUGAUGCAAUUAAGCAAGUUCCCAGGUACGCAAAGUUUUUAAAAGAGUUAUGCUCUAAGAAAAUGAAGUUUGGGAAUGAUGCGAGAAUCGAGUGA